AAUUACUUUCUCUCUUUCCUUCUCGAACCCACGAAUUCCCUUUUUCCGUCUCGCUCCUAUCAUUUACUCCACGCACCCCAGAACCUUCUAGAAACAACAAAAAGAGCAGGGAAGUUCUCCCUGCCUCUCUCUCUCUCUCUCUCUCUCUCGGAGCUGCUGCGGCUUCUUCUGGUUAAGCCUUGGUGCAACAGACCAAGCACUGUUCUAGAUAGAGUUAGCUUUCGUGUAGGAAACGAACUUUCUUUUCCAGUUUUCCGUUUGGUUGGUGGGAAAAUCCCUACACUUUGUUCAUCCCAAAGCCUCACUUUCCAGUUACUUAUUUGAUAAAUCAGUUGCUAUUAGAGCUCGGAUCUGAGAAGCCGAAGGCCUAGAGGCCAUGGCGUCGUUGCAGGCCGACCAGAACGGCGACUCCGGCCCGGUUAACGGCGCUGGAGGAGGUGGAGACUCACAAAGGACGCUUCCGACGCCAUUUUUGACCAAAACGUAUCAGCUGGUGGACGAUCCGUCCGUCGACGAUUUGAUCUCGUGGAGCGAAGACGGAUCGGCCUUCAUAGUCUGGCGACCCGCCGAAUUCGCCAGAGAUUUGCUCCCCAAGUAUUUCAAGCAUAACAACUUCUCCAGCUUCGUCCGCCAGCUCAACACUUACGGAUUUCGGAAAGUUGUGCCGGAUCGGUGGGAGUUCGCGAACGAUUGCUUUAAACGAGGUGAGAAAGGCCUCCUACGGGAGAUUCAGCGCCGGAAAAUCUCGCCGUCGGUGUCGGCGUCGCCUGCGGCGAUUACCGCUACGUUGGCGACGGUAUCUGUGGUGGCUCCCGGGGUAUCUCCGUCCAACUCCGGCGACGAGCAAGUGAUCUCGUCGAACUCGUCGCCGGUGGCGCCUCCGGCUACGAUGUUGAGCCGAAUCCGGAGCUGCACCACCACGUCGGACGUUCUGGAAGAGAACGAGCGGCUCAGGAAAGAGAACAUGCAGCUAAGUCACGAGCUGACUCAGCUGCGCGGCUUGUGUAACAAUAUAUUAGCUUUGAUGACGAACUACGCUUCUGGUCAGUUGGAGGGUGGCGGCGGUGGCGGUGGGAGUGUAAUGGAUGAGGGUAAGCCUCUGGAGCUGUCGCCGGUGAAGGAGGCUGAGCCGUCUGAAAACGGCGUCGUGCGCGAGGGGUCUAAGGCGGAGGCUUCGGCGGAGGAAGAGGAAGACGAGGAGGAGGAGACGAGGCCGAGGCUAUUUGGGGUGUCGAUUGGGGUGAAGCGCGUGCGGAGAGACGAGGAGGAAGAGGAGCAGCAUCGGGAAGGGUCCGAGGCGAUGAAAUCAGAGCCGUCAGAUGGGAGUUCGAAGCGCGAUCAGGACUCCACGUGGCUGGAGCUCGGAAAGUGACGGACUUGAUCGGAUGACGAUGGUGAUUAUGAUUUGUUUUUCCCGAUAAUGGAAGAGUGGACAGCACCGCACGAGGAGAAAAGUGCGCACGUGCGAGUCAAAUGACUGUGAUAGCGCCACGUCGUUUAUGGAAAGAAAGGAUCAGAUUUUCUAGUGUGUUCUGGAAACUGCGAAACGACGCCGUGCGUGCGUUGUAGUUUGGGCGCGGAUGAAAUUUUUCCUUGAUCCAUGAAGCGCCAGAAGAGUUAGGCGGGAACAGUCAAAAUUGUGAGCCCGCUUGUAUAAAUUAAUUCCUUAAAAAUUUUAUCCAUGAAUUGUUGUUUGUUGUUUCAAAAGCAGAUGGACAAACAGAAACACGCCACAUUUGACUAAUGUGGUGAAUGUAUGUUAGUGAUAAUUUAGCUAAUAAUUAGCAUAAUUUCGUUCGUUUUCA